AUGGAAAACAAUCAGAGAGUAUUUGAUGCAUACACUAACGCUAAAGAAAUGGUAGUCGAUGCUGCAGGCGCUGUGAAGGACAAAAUUCAGGGCGCAGCUGUGUUCGUGCAGGAAAACAGGGAGCCAGCUGUCCAGUACAUCUGCGACACUGCCAGCAAGGCGACAGAGGCCACCAAGCACUAUGCCAGGGAAAUAAACGACAACAUAAUAGCCCCCGGAAUAGCAAAGUCUUCCGAAAUAGCCACCCACAUCUCGAACAAUGCGCCCGCAUACGCAGCCAGCGGAGCCUCUUUCUUCCGAGAAAACACCGUCGAAAUCUUGGCAAGCCUUUCAAUUGCCACUGUCGGAUUUAUCCUCUACUUUAUGCUGAGACUGCUCAAAAAAAACGAGAAUAAAUAA